AUGGAUGAGGAACCUCAGCCCAUUCUGGGCAGCUUUGCCUCUCCCUCCUCCAUUUACCUGAUCCACUCGUUCAUUGGGGAGGGCACCUUUGGAAAAGUGGCCGAGUGCUCCAAAACAGCAACAAAGGAAAUAGUGGCUGUAAAGAUCAUCAAGACAAGCCACGUGACAACUGACGCCAGGAAUGAGGUGGACACACUCAUGAGGUUGAGGGCUUUUGAUCCUGACAGACACAACUUUGUGAGAUGCAACGAUGCAUUUAUCUACAGAGACCAUGUUUGUAUUGAUUUUGAAAAGCUGGACAUGAGUCUUCUGGAUUUUAUGUACAAGAGACCUGAACGCUCGCUCACAGUGAAGGAAAUCCGACCAAUCCUACACCAGGUGGCCGUAACCCUGGCGCUUCUACAGACUCAGGGAAUUGUACACACAGAUCUCAAACCAGACAACAUCAUGUUAGUGGACCAUAGAAAACACCCACUGAAGAUCAAAGUGAUUGACUUUGGCCUGGCCCUCUCUGAAUCACUCUCAAGAGAGUGCUUUUUACUCCAGGCACUUGCUUACAGAUCACCAGAGGUCAUCCUUGGUCUUCCUUGGACAUCCGCCAUUGACAUGUGGUCUCUUGGCUGCAUUGCUGCUGAAUUAUUCCUGGGAAAUAUACUAUUUCCUGCAAGCAGUGAAUACAACAUGCUUCAACAUAUAAUUCAAACACAAGGACAGAUACCACAAAAACUUCUGAAGGAUGGCUUAUGUACAGAGACUUUUUUCCGCCAAAAGAGAGCCAGAAGAAAAGGCUGCAGACGUCAGUGGGUACUGAAGACCCCGGAUGAGUACGGAAGUGACACAGAAACAGACGUCAAUUCCAAAAGUCUGGAUGAUCUUCUGACGAUUAAUCCACCCUGCCAUCUGUCGGACGAAGACAACGAGGCAGAACUUGAGGACCGAGAAGACUUUGUGGAACUUUUAAAGCAAAUGCUUCAUGUGGAUGCAAACAAGCGGAUAACCCCGAGCCAGCUUCUUCAGGAUCCAUUCAUGACCAUGAGGUACCAGCAAAACAACUAUCCCAACAGCUUCUAUUUUAAAUCUUGCUGUGAAGCAAUGGAGGUUUGUCGGGGCCAGGUACUGCACACCAGCCCCCAGGAUGAAGCUCCUGCGUGGCUGAGUCAGUGGGAGCAUCCUCUCAUUGAGGAGACGGCAUCUUCCUUCUCCAGUAGCCUCUCCUUUGUUGAAAACAAUGAAGCACCCCAACAAUGGAAUCUGAGCUCCUCUGAUAUGAAACGGUUAUUGUCAGAUUCCCAGUCAACCACCAGUGAAGAGGUUUCCCACUCUUUAGAACUCUUGCUGCGAUCUAAAAAGUAA